AUGAAGUGGUUUCGUCGAAAGAAUGAGCAAUCUUGGGAGGUUGUAGGUUGCGAGUGUAUCGAUCCUGUGCAAAUGAUCGAUGAUGACGAUGAUGACCUUGAUAUCCUGCGUGUUAGAGAUACGUCCACGUGUGGAACAUACAUCUUCGACCUUGGGAAGCGGUCUCCCCAAGCUUCCGAUUAUGCCAAUGCGGUGCUUUUCGCAAGACAACAGUUUAUUCAGGAGAUCAUGAAGAACGAGUACAACGUCUUGCUGUUGGAAAGCUGGACACUAAUUCUUUAUCGCAAGGGAAAGUCGCAUCGUAUAGAGGUGCAAUAUGCGGGUCGACCGGCAUACGUAUCUGGGAAAGUGCCACCUCUCCGCCCUCCACCGUUCAUGGCCGUCUUGGAGUCGCAGCAUCUUUUUUCGUAA